AUGAAGACUGCCUUUCUACGAGAUCAGGCUCCAGACGACGAGAAAUGUCUGGUAUUUGGAGACCUGCUCACAGGACCUGCCCGAAAUUGGUACAGCCAGUUGAGCCGAUCGACCCGCGAUGAUUGGAAGUCGUUGUCGGAAGGCUUCAUGGCCCGAUAUGGAGGAUAUGGAAUGUCAGCUGGAAGACAAUACUACCACGCGCGGAAGAGACCGAAUGAAACCCCGUUGGAAUACUUGGACCGGUUGAAUAUAGCAGGAAUGCGAGCAAAAGUGGCGUUCAGAGAUGGAUCGCCAGCAAGCCGACUACUGGUGCAGCUGGACAAGUCGCGACCCAAAUCGUGGGCGACGACGGACCCAGUGUUCCGUGGAAAUACGGAGCCAGAGUGGAAGGAAGGCGCGAACAAUGAACUGGAGCUAUUUUACGACCACGAGGUGCAUCAAGACGAGGCAGUGACGCUGACGGUCGAGGUGUAUGUGAACGAGUCGGGCGACGAACUUGUUGGCUCGGGCCAAUUGGACGUCUCGGCCAUUGUGCACAAGCAAAGCACCGAGCCACAGCAUGAGCAUGUCCAGCUGGGGAACAAUCGAGGCGAAGUCGAAGUGCUCGUCUGGUUUGGCCCACCAGUUCGCAGGGCUUUUCGCGCUGCUGGCCGCUCGGUGAAGUUGCUGGAUGCGCGAGACGCGGUCGUGGGCAUGAUGUGCUCGAUGACGUCGUGGAUUGGCCGCGUCCUGUCGCGGUACACCCAGCCGCCGACGGACUUUGCAAAGAAGCACCGCAAUUUAAGCGUAGCUGUGGCGGCAUUGCUGGGCAUCAUGGGCGCUGGAGCGCUGGCUUUGUUCCUGGCUGUUGCUGUACCGACGAUGCUGGUGGCUUUUUUUACGUUCCCGUUGUGGAUCAUCCCGUUCCUAGUGACGACGUUCUUUGCGGCGCCGCUGUGGGUACCCAUUCUGCUCUUGGUGGGUCUGUUUCUGCUGUUUAUCGCCACGUUUGUCUUUGGUCUCGGGGUCACCUCGCGUCCCGUGCGUCGCAAAGGGGCUAUGAUAUCCAACAAAAUUAAGCACUCGGAUGUUGGCAAGCGUGUGAUCUACGAGAAGAUGGCUUAA